AAAUCCACCCCUACAUUCGACUUGGUGAAGAGGAGCUCCACCCGACGCCAUGUUGGAACCCAGAUCCGAGGCGGAUGGUCGCCUCGCCCCGCGAUGAGGACCUUCGAGGCUCGGGGGUGGUAAAGGCUGAUUCUCAACUCAGCUGCAAGAUGAGACCUGUAAUUCAGCUUCACGAGGUCCUGAUCCUGAUUCUUGGGCUCCUGUUGGUCGGCCGCACGCCGGAGUCCCUGGCCCUGGACCUCGGGCAAUGCACCGCCGCGCUGGGGAUGGAAAAUGGGGAAAUCCCGGACGACGACAUCACGGCGAGUUCCAUGUACGAUCCAAGCCUCGGACCGAAGCACGCGAGACUGCGCCAGGACAAGGGUGGCGGCGCUUGGUGCCCCCGCAAUAUGGUGACCAAGGAGGGCAAGGAGUACCUGGAGAUCAAUCUCCACACCACCAGGGUUCUAACCUCGGCCCGAACUCAGGGAAGGUUCGGAAACGGUCAAGGAGUCGAAUACACCGAAGAGUAUUUCGUCGAGUAUUGGCGCAAUGGGUUCACCAAGUGGACGAGGUGGAGAAACCGGCGAGGAAUGGACCUGCUCGUCGGUAACAACAAUCCCUACACAGAGAAGGAGCAGACGUUCGACCCACCGAUAGUGGCUACGAGAAUACGUUUCAUCCCCUACACGUCCCACGUGAGGAUAGUCUGUAUGCGAGUUGAACUUUACGGCUGUCCCUGGACCGACGGCCUCGUCUCCUACUCUAUGCCCCAGGGAAUUCAACGAGGAUCCGAGGUCGAUCUUUCAGACAGAACCUACGACGGCCGCGAGGAGGGUGGACACCUCUCAAGGGGCUUGGGCCAACUCGUUGACGGCCGUAAGGGCGCCGACAAUUUUCGCCUGGACGUCAGUGGCAAUGGGAAGGGAUACGAGUGGGUCGGAUGGCGCAACGACACUCCAAACAUGAUUGGACAUCCGGUUGAAAUCACCUUUGAGUUCGAUUACGCGAGGAACUUCACAGCUAUGCAUCUCCACACGAAUAACCUCUUCUCUAAGGACGUUCAGGUCUUCUCACACGCCAAGGUCUACCUCAGCGGCGGAACCGGAAGUCAGUUCAACGGUGAGCCCGUCCACUUCUCCUACAUGCCGGACCUCGUCCUCGAACAUGCUCGUGACGUCACUAUAAAGCUCCACUCGCGGGCCGGUCGGUACCUAAAACUACAGCUGUACUUUGCCGCCAGAUGGAUAAUGCUCAGUGAAGUCGUCUUUGAGUCUGUCAUCUCCGACUGGAACAACACCGACGACGAGGACGGAAAGAACCGGAGUACCAUCGUCAUCCCCGGGGCGACUGGGAGUCCGUAUCAAAAUAACGAAGGUCCGCUUCAGAGGGACGAGGUCAAAGCCACCUUCAAUAACAAUAACAACAACAACAACAACGAUGCCACCCGGGGUGACAAUAUCUUUCCCGACAAGAGUAAGGAGCCGGAAUCCCGGCAGCUUAUCGGUCUUGUAAUCGGCAUACUGACGACCGUCAUCGUCAUGCUGCUGGCUGCGAUCACUUUCAUAUUCUACCGCAACCAGAGACUCAAGGCCACGUUGUCACCGGCGACCUUCUACGAUCCACAGAACGAACACCAGCAUCCAGAGACCAAGGUCUGCGUCGAGGAUACGGCCCAGGAAACGGAAGCCCCGGAAGACAAGGGUCCGAUCUGUCCCCCACUUCCGCCGCAGUACCAUCCAGCAGUCUACAAUGCGAAAACGUCACAGCCGCGGAAGACCUGCCUGGACUAUGAUCCCGAGGGACUCACGGACAUCCAGCAGCCGGUGAUCCCGCUGCUGAUGAACGCCGCAAUCAACAUUUCGAGGCCGAUUCCACCUGUCGAUGAGUACCAGUCUAAUCCACCUCCGAUACCUCCCCCGCCUGAAAAGUACUACGCAAGCACGGAAAUACUAAAGAGCCCCCUGCCACCCCUUCCGCCAUCCCCGACGCCCCCGCCAAGCGCCAAGGCUUCGAGCAGCAUGACGAGCUACAGUCCGGAGGACAUGCUGACCGAGGAGGAGGACGAGGAACUCGGGAUAUUCGACUUCCCCAGGGAGCGGCUCAGCAUCGUCGAGAACCUCGGGAACGGCACCUUCGGCGAAAUUCACCUCUGCGAGGUCGACAGGUUCCCGGGGUUCGACGACGUCUUCAGGGCCGCUGGCAGCCACCUCGUUGUCGUCAAGUCUCUUCGUCCUGGCUCCUCCGAGACUCUCAGGGUAGAAUUUCAAGAGGAAGCAAAGCGACUGGCGCGUCUCGCCGACUGGAACGUUUCUCGGUUGCUCGGUGCCAGCCUCGAGGACGAUCCGAUGUGCAUAGUCCUCGAGUACGGAGAAUUCGGCGACCUGAAUCAAUACCUGCAGAGUCACAUAGCCGAAACGUCGAGCGUCCACACAGCCAAAACGCUGAGCUUCGGUACCCUGAUGUACAUGGCCACCCAGAUUGCAUCUGGCAUGAAGUAUCUUGAGGAGAUGGAUUUCGUUCACAGGGAUCUUGCCACAAGGAAUUGCCUCGUGAGUCGAGGCCAUGGUAUCAAGGUUUCUGACUUGGGACCAGGACGGAGACUCUAUGCUGCAGACUACUUCCGGAUCGACGAUCGACCACCUCUACCCAUCCGCUGGAUGGCCUGGGAAUCGUUACUCCUGGGGAAAUACACGUCGAAGAGCGACGUCUGGGCGUUCGCCGUUACACUUUGGGAGGUCCUCACCUUCGCCAGGGAACAGCCAUUCGAGGAGUUGCCCGAUUACCGCGUCGUCGAGAACGCGACCCUCUUCUGCCAGGACAACGAGAGGCGGUUCGUCCUACUUCCGCUGCCAAAAAACUGUCCGAAGGAGAUUUACGAGCUGAUGCGUGAGUGCUGGCAGCGUGGUGAAAACGACAGGCCGACCUUCCGUGAGAUCCACUUGUUCCUGCAGCGUAAAAACCUCGGUUACAGGCCGAACAACAACGUCACCUGAUACAGAGAGCUGGAAGGCUGGAACCUGAUUCGGCUUUCGAUGAUCGGAGAACUAAACGGCAACUGGAUGCAGUGGGGAUACCCUAACAAUUGCCCCUAAGCUUUUAAAGGGGGCAGGACUGGACCAAUACCUUGUAUCCUAACCCCGCACACGAAAUUCACCCCCCAAUGAUAUACGUCGAGUCGA